UUUACAGUCCAAGAGUAAAGAACGUCAGUGGUGCAGGCACCAAACUUCUGGGGAGUUGGAUGAUACGAAAUUAAUUGAAGGAUUAACAGGCGAAAGAACGAUUUAUCGAAGAAGGACGGAAAAAGAACCCGAGUUCGGUACACCACCCUCAAAACCGAAACGUUUAAAAUUAGUGGUGGAUGUUUCCGGUAGCAUGUAUAGAUUUAAUGGUCACGAUGGUCGCCUUGAUCGAGAAAUGGAAGCCUGCGUUAUGGUAAUGGAAGCGUUUAGUGGAUACGAAGGAAAAUUUCAGUACGAUAUCGUUGGUCAUUCCGGCGACGACUAUAACAUAGUUUUCGUAAAGCACACUCAACCGCCGGCAGAUAAUAAACGUAGAUUGGAAAUAAUAAAGACGAUGCACGCGCAUUCGCAAUUUUGCGAGUCCGGUGAUAAUACCUUGCAGGCGACUCAACAUGCGAUCGUAAACUUAGCGAAAGAAGAUGCCGACGAGCGUAUCGUCGUCGUACUCUCGGAUGCCAAUUUUGAUCGUUACGGUAUUCGGCCGGAACAAUUUGCGAAAAUUCUUACUGCGAAUCCAGACGUUAAUGCGUUUGCUAUAUUCAUUGGGUCACUAGGCGAUCAAGCUACCAACUUGACCAAAAGAAUAACGGCAGGACGUGCAUUCGUCUGUAUGGAUCUUAAGGACAUACCGAGAAUACUACAACAAAUAUUUUCUGCUUCUUUGUUAAGUACUACAAGAUGAAGUCAGUGUACAUAUCGUAAAUGUAAAUUAACUUUGUAUUAUUAUAAAAAUAUUUGUAAAGAACUUAAUCAAGGAACAUGGAAACUUUUUUAUAUAGAUUUAUCAUAAAGAUU